UUAAAUUCCGUAGACGUUAUAUUUACCUACUCUCACGAAAACAGAUCAACGACAUGUGGAUGAUACGGACAAGGACAUUUAUUUUGGUUUUUCGAACAGUAAUCGCUGUGCGCCACCUGAGCUAUUACGAUCGUUGGUGGUAACAACGACGAGGAACGACAGCUAUCGUUUACCACGUAACUACCCAAUAUCGGUGGACAACGAGACAACUAGUAACUACAAAACAUUAGACACCGCCGACGAUAACUAGAUCAAUUCGCAGCUGCUCGUCUGGUUCAACCGCAUGAACACCACACGACACGCGUGCACACUGCACACAUACAAUACACAAUAAACUCGUGUCUUGUAGUUCAUACUUCUACGUUUUCGGAAACGGGCAUUUGGCGUUCCGCUCCAUACCGCGCAGGUUCUUUGUGUACUGUACCACCGCGCGGAGAACGACAACACGUCCCACUCGCACGCUUCGCAUUCGCUUUGGUCGCAGUCUCUCAUCAGCCGCCUAAAACGAAACUACCUCUCUCCACCGCCGUCUCCGAACAUCAACACCACGCGAUACCAGCCGCGCCGACAAAUCGUUGCUAUCAUAAUAAUAUAAUAUAUAUAUCGGCACUAGCCGUGAAACGGCGGUUUUCCCGGACUCGUCACCGCAGUCAUCCUGUAAAUUCUAGAACCGCGAUCGCGUCGUAUCAAUUAAAAAUGUUAAAUUGUCUAAGCAAUGAUAGCAAAAUGCAAAUGAGACUGAAUAUUAAACGGCAUCGACAAAAACUUCUUCAAUAUUUAGAGAAUACUAAUGAUACUGUUAUAAAGCCUAAAAUCAAAUUAGUUUCAAAUGAUAUAGAAAAAUCUAAUUUGAAUCACAAUGUUAAACCAACAAUUGCAUCUAAUACUGAGGUUCAAACCCCCAAAAUUAUACCAACCAUUAAGAUUACAAACUAUAGGAAUAAACCAACCAUUCAUGUCAAAACGUAUGAAGCUGUGAUAAAUACUAAACCAAAUGAUCCUGAAGUUUUGACAUAUAAUAACAUAAAAAAAUACAAAACCAGAUCAAGUAUUACUGCGAAUCAACUUCCACCAAACAUCAAAGUAAAUAUAAAAGACGAGCCUUUAUCAAGUUUUCAAUUAAAACAAAAACCUUUACCAAACAUUGAAAUAAAAGACCCUAAAUCUCCACCUGCCAUAAAAAAACUCAAAGAACAAUUAAUUGCAGAGCUAUUUGAUAGUUCAAGUUCUGAAGAAAACGAUGAUAAUAUUUCUGUUGGAAAUAAUGACAAUUGGAAUGAAAUUUAUCAAACACAUAAUGGGAGUGAUGUAGAUGAGAAUGACAGCAGCAAUUUACGUCUAAUGGAAUCAGUUAGAUACGAUGGACAUAAAGAACUGGCCAAUGACAUAAGUGAAGAAAAAUAUAUGUAUGAUAGCACCGACAUUGAUAGUCCUGUAGUAUUGGACAUCAACAACCCAACCACCAACAAGAAAAGCCGGACUAGAAAACCUCAAAUUAAAAUUGAUCAGACUAAACACAGGUUUAGAAAACCUCAAGACAGGUCGUUACACAAUGCCAAAGAACGAGCAUGCCGAGAAAGCAUUGCAAAAAAGUUUGCUAUUUUGAGAAAAUCUUGCAGUUAUUUGAACUCUAAUAGACGUGUGCCUUCAAAACAUAGCAUACUUUUAGCUGCUAAAAAAGAAUGCGAUUUGUUAAAACAUUUUGAGAAGAAAAUGCUUGCAGAAAAAAAAGUAUUGCGCAAAGCAAAUGAAAUUCUGAAGAAUAGGUUAACUCAAAUCUAUAGCUCAAUUCUAUAGCUGUUUAUGAGGACAAAAAAUUAGCAUGUUUAACUGAUUAUGUAUGACAAGCCAGGAAAAUAUUGUGGUGAAUUUGUCAAUGUAUAUUUUGCACUGCAUAAUGUACCAACUUAAUAUUUUUUAUGUUUGAUAGGUUAUAGAAAAAUAUGUAUAUUUAUAUUUUUAUAGCAAUUAUUAAUGGAUUUUGUAAAUGUAUAAGCGUGUUAUCUGUAUUUAUUAUUAUGUUGUGUACACAACACAGUCAACAUAUACAUUUAUAGUGUUACGCGUUUCUAAUAACAACUCAAAUUUCUCUUUAUUUUUAUAUAUAAAAAAGUAUUAAUGUUGAAUAAUAAAUUAAAUUUAUUUAGUCAUGGAUGAAUUACAUUUACUUAAACUAAGUAUACAUUUGUGUGCUCUUUAUGAGAUUCUGUAUAAUGUCACAGAUCCUCAUUUAAAAUCUGUUGUACAUAAUCAGAAUCUCAACUCCAUUUAAUUUAAUUUAAUCGUUUUCAUUAUUAUAAACCUCAACAUUCCGGCAAUGUUUUUGAUUUUAAGUUGUAACAAAUGUGAUGUCUUUUAAAUUAUAAGUCUAUUUUAUUGUGUAUUAUAAAUCAAAUAUUUUUCAUAAAUGUGUACUUUAUCAA